CUGGAUCUCGUGGGGGACGGUUGAUGUCGCUCCGCCUCUCGCCAUGUCUCUCUUGUGCAUCUUCCUCCUGACGUCUCUGGCAGCCCUCGCAGCAUCCUUGCCUCGCGGGAUCACAGACGACAGAAAGUUCGUCCUGGAUAACGUGUUCAUCCCUCCUUCGGCGCCCUACGGCUUCGUCGUCGGGGAGAUUCGUGUCUUCUCCAACGAAGUCACCAUCAGGCCGAGGUCUCGCAGACCACCGGGAGGAAAAACGCCACCCCGAGGGACCCAGCCAUCUUCGGCGCUCGAGACGGGUUUUGUCGUCAACCCCGUCGUGACCCCCCGCCCUGUCGUGACCUCUCGCCCUGUCGUGACCUCUCGCCCCGUCGUGACCUUGCAACGGGCCGGCCAGGUAGAUAAUGAGCCGACAACGACAGGUGCGACGGCGAACGAGGGCGUGAAACCCGACCUGGGCGUGAAGACGUUCGGGCAAAUCAAGUCCAACAGCGGCUUCGAAUCGCGCCCGACGGAGGAACCUGAUUCACGCGAAGCUCUUCCAGAAGCGAGGCCCUUGAGCUCGAGCUCGAUUGUCAAGGCCAACCUGAGCUUCAGACUCGAGGAAAUGCUGAGGGAGAGACCGACGACGGAGUCACAAAGCAAGACGGGGAUUCGGACGAGCUCGGAAGACGUCGCCCAGCAUCCGAAGUCCCUCGUGAGUUCCGAAUCCCGCGCCGAACCCAAACCGAAGCCGCCGCAAGACUUCGAAACACUGGAGGAACUCGAAUCCUUCUUGUCGUCGAGCUCAAACGACGAGUUCGAGGCGUUCCUGAGGUCCAGCACCGACGAGGAACUGCAGAACUUUCUGAGACUAGCCACCGAAGAGAAAUCGGAGCCCUCCCCUGCCCCGGAGGCGGACGAGGACCUGCAGGCCUUCCUCUCGUCGGACUCGAGCAAGGAGUUCGAAGCCAUCGUCAUCCCGGGCCUCGGACAGGAACCGGGCGCCAUCAUCAUCAUCGGUCCGGAACACGAUUCGAACCCGGCCGAACGAACCCACGCCAAACGCACGACAGAACCCGUUUCGAAGCUUCGAGAACCGGCAACAGCGGCGCCUGAGCGGGCCUUGAAGCUCGCAGAACCAGAGGCAGCGGCGACGAGUUCGGAAGCGCAUUUCGGCAACGACGACGACGAAGACCUCCCGGACAUGAUCAUCUCCGGAGCCACGAUCACGUUCACGCGGCCGUUCAGAGAGCGGAGCCGGCGGUGAGAGGGCGCGCGGGCUCGGUGUGCUUGUCCCUUUGUUUGUUUACCUGCUUGUAUACAUAUCUGUUUGUUUGUUUGCUUGUAUACUCGUGUUUGUCUUUGUUUGCUUGUAUGUGUGUAUUUUGCUUGUCCGUGUUUGUUUUUAUGAGUGUGUGUGUGUGUGAGAGAGAGAGUGAGUGAG